AACAAAAACAGUGCUCUGUUCGUUCCUUCUUUUGCUUACAAACCCAAUUUUGGAAACAACUAAUCCACAAUGCCGUACGAAUCAACCAUAAUAUUCACUCUUGACACAAUAUGUCCCUGGACAUACAUCGCCUUCGUUCGCCUCAACGAAGCCCUCGACGCCUAUCGCUCAGCUAAUCCAGACUCCCCCACCAAGUUCACCCUCAAGCUAGCACCUUACCAACUCUACCCGGAUUUCUACGAAGACGGCAUCGACAAAUACGAAUGGUACAAGGAGAAAAAGUACAAUGGUAGUGACGAGAGAAUGAAAGCGUAUGCGUAUUAUAUGGGGCUGUCAGGAAAAGGAGAAGGUAUAAAGUUUGAUUUUGAGGGCGGUUCCAUUAGCAAUACGCUGCAUGCACACCGCAUAUUGUACUGGCUGCAGAACACCAAAGGACCGGAUGCUGCGACAAAAGCGGCACUGAGUCUGUACAGCCAGUAUUUCGAACAUAGGGCUGAUCCUGCGGGUCGCGAGACGCUGGAGAAGGUGUGUAUAGCUGCUGGGCUGGGUGAAGAUGAGGUGAAGAAAGUGGUGGGGAACCAGGAGGAAGGAUUACGUGAGGUUAAGGCGGCGAUUAGAGAACAGGCGGGGAAUGGGGUGGAUAGUGUGCCGUAUGUUGUGUUUGAGGGGAAGAAGAGGGAUUUUACGCAUAUUGGAGCGAAGAGUGUAAAGGAGUAUGUUAAAGUGUUGGUGCAGGUUGAGAAGGAGUGUGCUUGAGUAGAAGGUGGGUUAGAUCAUGUGAUAUUGGCUUGCUUCUGUGCAAUUGGAUAUACAAAAGAAUGGUCGGAUUGGUGAACACCCUCUACCGUUUAUUUGUUUUCACACAAUAUGCACACAAAGGCACCACAGAGCAUAAUUUAAAAAAUCGUAUCGAGUAUGAGGUAA